UUACUUGUAUUCUUUCUUGAGUGUUCUCUUUUCUUAGUAUAGAGAAAAGAGAUGAGAAGAGAUUUUUAAUGGUGAUGAGUUCUCUUAUUCUUCUUGCUUGUCCAAGCUUCCAAGGUUAUUUGGAAGGGUUCGUAGAGCAUUCCAAAGCAAGCUUCGUUGGAUCGAAAGGGUACUUGGAAGGUGUAGCAAGAAGAGGGUUUUCCAUUGGAAGGGUACCAGCGUUCUUCCAAAGAAAACCGAUCCCCUUUCAGCCGUCCUUCGCCUUGCUCGAAGGCCCCGAAACCAAAAUCCUACCCAUGGCGAUCGCCGUUCUCCGUCGAAUCCCUCUCCACCUCUCCCUCCUUUCCAAAUCUGUCGCCCGGCCGUGCUCCUCCGCCGCGCCCUCCGCCUCCGCCAAGGUCGCCGAUCGGAUCGUCAAGCUCUUCGCCAUCGAUCUCGACGGGAAGAAGCGCGAGGUGGUGGGGCUCUCCGGCCAGACCCUCGUCCGCGCCCUGAUGAACGCCGGCCUCAUCGACCCGGCCUCCCACCGGUUGGAGGAGAUCGACGCCUGCUCCGCCGAGUGCGAGGUCCACAUCGCGCAGGAGUGGCUCGAAAAGCUCCCCCCUCCAUCGUACGACGAGAAGUACGUGCUCACGAGGGCUUCCAGGAACCGGAUCCUCAACAAGCACGCAAGGCUUGGGUGCCAGGUCGUACUCGCGCCUGAGCUCCAAGGUAUGGUUGUCGCCGUCCCCGAGCCCAAGCCUUGGGAUACCCCGUAAUGGGGGAAGAGGGUUUGGUGAUCCCUAGGGCUCCAUUGUGAUGGAAAGUUGGGUUUUUACUUAAUUGUGUUGGAUUCAGAAUAAUGAUAACUGCUACCUUUGUUAAACAUUGAUCUUGUUAUAUGCUUUUGUUAUCUGAGAACAACUGCACUGAUCCUUUCAGUCGUUUGGUAUUUUUGGAAAUAUGGAUUUUUCCUCCCUUAUUCUGCUUGUA